ACAUUUGAGGUCUUUUGUGAAUUGAUUUCGAAAUAUGUUUGAAUUUGUAUUUGAUUUGAGGUGUAUACGUGAAUGUCUAGCGGUUGUAUCUGGCUAGAAACAAGCUAGGACAAAGGAGAUAAGAAAGCGAUGGAACCAGACGAUACUGCAGACAAGCCUGCCAGUCAGGAUUUGAGGUCAAAGAUUGCAUUUUUCAAUAGUGUGAACAAAUCUGAGCAGUCCUCGCAGACGAGUAGCACAGGACCUGUACGAAGAGGAAAGACUGCACCAAAGGCAGUUACAACUGCGAGCCAAGCAACCGCGCCAGGACCAUCAGGACAAGGAACUGAAAGAUCACCUUCACCAACGAUUAUCCAAACAAGUUCGGGGAGAAUGUCACCAACAACAGAUAGAAGCAGGUACAGCCAGAAAUAUGAUGAUGAACUGCGUCUUAGAAUAGAAGAGGUAUCCAUUAGAAAAAGCAGUGGCUGGAACCCUAACGACCUGGAGGUAUUCCGACGGCCUUUGUGUCUUAUAAGUGCGGAUGCAUCAAAUGUGUUAAAGCUGGAAAUGGGGACCAUUGAGCAGAUAGAAAAAAUCGACUGGCCAUUGGUAAUUGUGUCUGUUGUUGGUCUUUACAGAACUGGAAAAUCUUAUCUCAUGAACCGCUUGGCUGAGUCAACUAAAGGAUUUGCCUUGGGAGAUACUAUCGAAUCAACAACAAAAGGCAUUUGGGUUUGGUGUAAAAUCCAUCCUGAAAUGCAAAACACAGUUUUGCUACUGCUGGAUACCGAAGGACUUGGAGACGUUGACAAGGGCGACCCCAGUCACGACAACAAAAUUUUCACCCUGGCGACACUUCUGUGCAACUGUCUUGUUUAUAAUAUGAAGGGUGCCUUCGAUCAAGAUGCCGUUAACAAGCUAACAUUUGUUACGGAAAUGGCGAAAAAUAUCCGAUAUCGCGGAGAAUCAUCGGAGGAUAACAAAACUCUAAACCUGAUUCUGCCGGACUUUGUUCUUUGUGUGAGAGAUUUUAGUCUGAAAUUAUCAAAGGGUGGUAAAAAGAUUACAGAAGAUGAAUAUCUUGAACAAAGUCUUGCUGAGAAGAAGGGCAAAGAAGAAAAGUUCAAUAAACCAAGGGAAUGUAUCAGAAAAUAUUUUCCACAGCGAAAAUGCUUUACACUUCCAGUGCCGGGGGAUGGGGACGUGCUUGAAAAUCUUGAAACUCUGCAGUUUACCGAUUUAUCUGACAAAUUCAAAGAGGCCACGAUGCGGUUUGUAUCGUACGUAUACAGCAAACAACCUAAAGAACUGCUCACUAGCAAACCAGUCAAUGGACAAAUGUUUGCAGUCUUGGCAACCCGUUAUGUGACAGCAGUUAUACACGGCGCGGUUCCCGAUGUGGAUGAUGCUUUUCUUGCUGUAGCAAAAAUGGAAAAUGCAAGAGUUGGUAGGGAAGCUGUAGAAAUAUUUGAUACACAAAUGAAUAAGAUUGUAUUGCCUGUCACUGCCAUAUUAUUGGAAAAAUGCUACACGAGUGCUCAACAAAAAGCAUUGAAAUACUUGCGGGAAAACGUCGUACACGAUAAGGAUGCACAAUGUGAGAAUCAAGCGCAGACAAAAAUGGAUAACAUCUGGAACACAUUGAAAGACGAAAACGUAGUAAAGGUUCGAGAAAUGUGUGAAGUAAAACUCCAAGAAGCAUAUAACAAAUCUUUGAAGGGAAAGAUCGAAAACGAGGACUAUGAAGUUGCUGGCGGAUACAGGAAGUUUCAACGCGAUAUUGAAAUAAUGAAAGAAGAGUACAACAGUUCCCUUCGUGAUUUCGAUGAACAUGAGGUUUUAUGGGCUUGGCUUGGUUUUGUAAAAACAUUGAAGGUACAUGAAUCUAAAAUAAUUCAGGCGGAUGAAGCUUUAUCUGAGAAAGAAAAAAAAGAUGAGAAAAAGCGUAAUGAAGAAAACAUGGAAAAGAUACUGAAAGAGCAACAAAAGGCGCAAAAAGAGGCCCUUGAGCAGCAGCAGAAAGAAUUGAAGGAACAUUAUGAUAACCUUGAUCAAGCGCGAGAGAAACAGUUACAGGAAGAAAGGGAAAAAUACCAGAAAUAUGUGAACGAAAAACUGGAAAAGGAAGAAGCGCAAAAAGAAGCUGCUCGAUUAAGAAAUGAACAAGAAGAAAAGAAGUCGAGGUGGCUACCUCGUAGAAUGUGGGAUGCUCUCUGGAACCAGUGAAAAGAAAUAUUGAACAGGUCAAUAUAGCCAUAGAGGUUUAGAAGUCUUAUAUACAACCUGUAAUGCAACCUACCGGAAGUAUGCUUCACCCUUUUGCUUGAUUAACUUCACCUCAGAAGUAGUGACUGUGUUUUUGACAAGAUGACUUUAGUAUAAAUCAUUUUGUAAUAAAUCUGUGUGUUUCUUCAAGUCUGAUCUUGACUUAGAAUAUUUAUUGUACAUUUGCUUUUACUGUUAUUGGUAUAUUUGUAUCUUUUGAUUUUCAAAUUUCAAAUUGAACAAUUAAAUAUCUUAACAGAACAAUUUCGAUGACAAUAAUCUUCGUAACAGUUGCUAUAACUAAUAUGAAAAAGCAAUUUGUUAUUUUUCACGUAAACAGUGUUUGAAUGCCACGUUGGUUUGAAAAUAAUAACAAUUUCGUAACGAACCAUAACGAACGCAGGAGCUGAAUAACUUUCAAACGAGGAAAUACAUCAACCAUUUGUGACAUGUAUCUUUAGAACCUAUUUCCAGAAAUGUUUGUUUCUUCAGUUGUCUUACCACUUUGCUGUUUUUCAAAUGCAAAUGAUAAAAGUAUUUGAUGACUUGAUCAUACAAAUAAUGAAACCGCUUAGCAAUGCAUAACUGCCAUCUUAAAAUACGGGAACUGUUUCAUCUUACUACACAUUUCUUUAUAGGUUACAUCCAGUAUAGUUUCAAACUAAUGUCUUUGAUUUUAUAUCUUGACAGAUUUAUAAUUUAUCAUAUUUCUGUUGACAUAGAUUCCUAAAACACAUUAAUAGAUGUAAUACAGGCAUAUGUAAUCAGAUAAAUAUAACUUAAAUUGAUAUUUUGUUGCAAGAAAAAUCUUCACUUUAAGAUUCAGAGUGAUACCUAACGGUAUUUUCUAAUUGUUACUUUUUAAUUUUAAGCAUAAUCGUUGGCAAAUGUAUCUUAUAUAUCUCUCAUAAAAUCGUUUCCAUAUGUGAUUUUGUAUUAUCCUCUGAAUUGUAACAAUGCAGGAAAAUUGAGCUGCUGAUAGAUAUCAAUGCUUGUAAGUACUUGAAGAAUAUCUGCUUGCGUCAAGAGUUGUAUUUCCUGCGAAACCAAACAUUAAAUGUCCGAAUUCAAUAACUGAAAUAACACUUUUAUAGAAUAAUAGCGGUUAUUUGGAAGGAAUUUUAAGUUCAAGACAGUAUGUAUUGUGUUUCUGUCUUUGCAAAUGUGAGUUUAUAUCCCUUUGUAAUGAAUCCACUUGUUCAAAUUAUUUUGUAGAAUAUCCUACAGUGAAAGUAGACUCAUCAAUUUGCGUUUAUGUAUGCAUCAAGGUAUUUUUGCAUUAUAUAUAUUCUAUUUGCACAUGCAUUAUUGAAUGAUUUUAGUUGUAAUUAUUUACAUGUACCUUACUUAAAAGUAUUUUGGUGUAAGCAAAUAUUGUAUUAUGUUUAAAUAUGAAGUUUUACUCUCUCCUAUAUGAAACCUAAGCUUAUGUACCCAAGUAUAAAAUGUCUAAAAAGUGCAAGAAAGCAUUAGUACAAUAACCAGAAAAUGUAUAUUUGUUAUAGUUAAAUAAGUACAUUUCUUCAAGAUGGUAAUAGAUAUGCGUGGAUGCCUCUGUGGUAAUGGGAGUAUCUUUGAAAUUAUUGUCCUGUAUUUAUUAUGUAUUACGGUGCCAGUAUGGAAGUACUAAAAUGUCUCGGUGAUGAGGUUUUCUUUGAUAUCAGUUUGCAAGUAGUUAUAUCAAUACAUUUUAAACACA